AUGCAUAUUCGUGAGAAGCUUGCGCAGAAAGAGGCUGCGGGGGAGCCGGGGAUCUCCUUCGAGUUCUUUCCCCUUAAGACUGCACAGGGUGUGCAGAACCUUUACGACCGAAUGGACCGAAUGGCCAAUCUGGGUCCUGGAUUUAUCGAUAUUACAUGGGGUGCUGGUGGUCGUCUCUCGGAGCUGACCUGUGAAAUGGUGGGCGUUGCUCAGUCUGUCUACGGACUGGAGACCUGCAUGCAUCUCACUUGUACCGAUAUGGGCCAGGAGAAGGUUGACCAAGCUCUCGCUGCCGCAUACAAGGCCGGCUGCACCAACAUCCUGGCACUCCGUGGUGACCCUCCUCGUGACAAGGAAACCUGGGAGGCUGCCGAUGGUAAUUUUCGAUAUGCAAAGGAUCUCGUUAGCUACAUUCGGCAAAAGUACGGUAACCACUUCGAUAUCGGUGUCGGUGGCUAUCCCGAGGGGGCUGAUGACAAUGACGACGUGGAUCAAUUGAUCGAUCACUUGAAGGAAAAGGUGGACGCCGGAAGUUCCUUCAUCAUUACCCAGAUGUUUUAUGAUGCCGAGAACUUUAUCGAGUGGGUGAAGAAGUGCCGCGCCAAGGGUAUCACCAUUCCCAUCAUUCCCGGCAUCAUGCCUAUCCAAACAUACGCUGCCUUCAUUCGUCGCUCCAGUUGGACCAAGACUCGCGUGCCGCCGCAGUGGAUGGAGGCACUUGAGCCUGUCAAAAAUGACGAUGCUGCUGUCCGAGACAUCGGAAAACACCUCAUCGCCGAGAUGUGCCGGAAGCUCAUGGCCUCGGGUCUCAACCAUCUGCACUUUUACACCAUGAACCUCGCCCAGGCAACGAGAUUGGUUCUUGAGGAACUAGGUCUCGCACCGUCUGACGAUUCUCCCAUUCAGCGCCCACUGCCAUGGCGACCUUCUCUUGCCCUGGGCCGCAGAGGCGAAGACGUCCGACCUGUCUUCUGGCGUAACCGUAACUCCUCAUAUGUCGCUCGCACCCAGACAUGGGACGAGUAUCCCAACGGCCGCUGGACCGAUUCUCGCUCUCCUGCAUUCGGUGAGCUCGAUGCUUACGGCGUUGGACUCAAGGGCACAAACGAGCAGAACAUCAAGUUGUGGGGCGAGCCCAAGUCGAUCAAGGAUCUCUCCGACAUCUUCAUUCGCUUCCUGGAGGGCAAAUUGGAACGAUUGCCCUGGAGUGAUAGCCCUAUCACAGCAGAGGCAAGCGAUAUCCAUGAUCUUCUGCUGAACGUCAACCGUCGCGGUUUCUUGACCAUCAACUCGCAACCCUCAGUGAAUGGCGUCAAAUCAUCUCACCCCGUGUACGGAUGGGGACCUAAGAAUGGAUUUGUCUACCAGAAGGCCUACUUGGAACUCAUGGUGCCAUCGGAUUUGAUCGACCAGCUGAUCGCAAAGAUCGAGAACAAUGAUGAUCUCACAUACCACGCAACUCGGAAGAACGGCGAUUUGAGAACCAACACCAAUGAUAGCCCCAACGCCUUGACCUGGGGUAUCUUCGCUGGCCGAGAAAUCAUUCAGCCGACCAUCGUGGAGACAAUCAGUUUCCUCGCCUGGAAGGACGAGGCGUAUGCUCUGGGUGAUGACUGGGCGAAGUGUCACGAGGCUGCAAGCCCCAGUCGCAAGUUGAUCCAACAGGUCAUGAACGACUGGUGGCUCGUCAACAUUGUGGACAACGACUUCCACCGAACCAACGCCGUCUUCGAUCUCUUCAACGAUCUCGAGAUCAAGGACUUCGCCACCGAGAUACCAGGCAAGCCCGAAACCAACGGCACUGCCGAGCAGAACGGCACAGCCGCCAAAAACUAA